GUAGGCAAGCGGCUCCGCUCAACUUGCCACCUGCGCCGGGAGAGCUGCCGGGGAAGCGAGAUCCUGCCGGAGCCCCUCGCCCGCCGCUGGCCGCCCACCCGCCCUCCGCCAUGGACUGCUGCAAUGAGGGAGCCUGCACAAAGCUGGACGAGGACAUCCUGGACAUCCCUUUGGACGAUCCCGAUGCCAACGCGGCAGCUGCCAAGAUCCAGGCUAGUUUCCGUGGCCAUAUGACCCGCAAGAAGAUCAAAGGGGGUGAGAUUGAUCGGAAAACCAAGGACGCCGAGUGCGCCAACAGCACCCGCGGCGGCGACCUCCGCAACGGCGACUAGGGGCCACCAGCUGCUCACCGGAAACCCCUCGCCACCAACUCCCUCCCACCGCCGCCCGCCGAGGCCCAGGAACCCCUGCUUCACCCCCUGCCCCUCGCAUGCAUCCCCCGGGGUUCCCCCACAGCCAGGCCCUGCCCCUGUCCCUGGCUGCCCCUCCCCACCCCAGACACCCCCUGCCCCAAUAAACGCCCCUGCCAGAGCC